AUGGAUAUUCUCAAAGACCCUACUAAUGAUAGAUAGGUGAAGACUCUUAAGCCUCCUCCUCAUCGCCCACUCUCAAAAAACCUGAUGUUUCCAGAUAAAUUGAAGAGUAUGUCACAAAAUUAAAAUAUUUAGACAAACCUGAUUGGAAAUUAUUGAAAGAUCAUCUUCAAAGGGAAGGAAGAGUCGCAAAAGAGGAAUUAUUUAAAUUGGUAGCUGAUUGCAAUAAAUUAUUGAGUAAAGUGACAUUUUGAUUGUUAGAAAAUGAGGGAAAUGUUCUCUAUUUGCAAGAUCCACUUACUGUUGUUGGCGAUAUCCAUGGGUACAUUCCUAAAUCUAAAUAGAUAAUAUUAUGACUUACUUAAAUUAUUGGAACCCAAAGUCGGUGGUAACCCAGAAACGACCAAGUAACAUAACUUAAUAUUAUCAGAUAUCUCUUUCUGGGGGAUUUCGUAGAUAGAGGCUCCUAUUCAAUUGAAGUAGUCAUUUUACUUUAUGCGAUAAAAAUUAAUUAUCCCAAUACUAUUUAUUUUUUAAGGGGCAAUCACGAAUGCAGAUAACUGACAGCAUUUUUUAAUUUUAAAGAUGAAUGUACAUACUAAUGCAAUGAUAGGUCUUUACAAAUAUGAUUAGGAAACCUAUGAGAUGUUGAUGGAUUCUUUUGAUCUAUUUCCCUUGGCAUGCAUAAUAAAUUCAAAGUUUAUUGCAAUUCAUGGUGGGAUCUCCCCUGAUUUAAAAUCAGUAAUUGUUUUACUUAUUUUUAGAUAGAAGACAUCAAAAAGUUGGAUAGAUACCACGAACCACCUCGAAGUGGUCUCUUUUGCGAUCUACUAUGGAGUGAUCCAGUGGAUCAUGAUCAAGGAAACCUGGAUGGACAAUGGAAAAGCAACGAGGUUCGUGGAUGUAGUUGGUUCUUUGGGAACGAUGCCAGUAUGAAGUUCUUGUAAAGAAACAGUCUCAUAAGUAUCAUCAGGGCCCAUGAAGUAAUUGAGUUCUAUAGAAUGUAUAUAGGCACAACUUGAUGGGUACAAGAUGCAUCGAUGGAAUGGAGGAUAAGAUUUCCCUGUUGUGAUCACCAUCUUCAGUGCCCCCAAUUAUUGUGACGUUUAUAAUAACAGAGGCGCAGUUAUUAAAUUCGAAGUAACAAUUGAUUGCGAAACCAAUAGAACAAUACUCUAAAUAUUUAAUAAUUCUAGUAUACUCCACACCCAUAUUUACUACCGAAUUUCAUGGACAUAUUCACUUGGUCAAUACCUUUCGUGGCUGAGAAGAUAACUGAAAUGUUAUACAAUCUCAUCUAGGCAGGAGAUCAGGGCGACGAUGACGAUGAUGUUAAUUAAGAGGAUAUAGAGCAAUUCAAAUAGAUGACAGGUCAGAAUAAGCAAUUUAAUAAACAAUAAUCAGGCGGUUCGACUGGAAAAAGUAAAUGACAUUUUGCUACUUAAUUAGGUACUGAGAAGUUGAAAAACAAGUUGAAAUUCGUGGCAACCAUGAUGAAGCUUCAAAAAACACUUAGAGAAGAGAGUGAAAGUGUUAUGAAGUUAAAAGGAGCUUGUCCUGAUAAAAGAUUACCCAAAGGUAUACUAUCAGCUGGUAAAACAGCCAUUUCUGAUGGUAUUUAGUAUUAUCACUGUAGCACUUGCUGAUUUCAAUGUCGCCAAAAAUGCUGAUAUAGUUAAUGAGAAGAUGCCUUCUUAAGCAUAAGUUCCUUAACAAUCUAUAGCCAUCAAAAAACCCAGUAAUAAUACCCAAUAGCCAAAGAAGAAAUGAGAAUCAGG